CACUGGACCGUGACAACAUGUCAGGUUGCUGAGUGAGCUAGUAAGCUAGCUGCACUUAGCGGACCCGAAGAUGUGGCUAGAGGAAAACCCCGCUUUGCUAGGUGCCAGCGAUCGAACAAGCAUGGACUCAGAGAGAUGAAUCGACUUUAUCCGGUAUUGGAAAGAAAGAACUGGACUCGCCUAUGCCAUGGCAGCUGGUGUCAGCAUACUGAGUGACCUGUCUUACUCCAGUAGAGGAGCCUGCGGCGAAGAGAUCAGCUCAGAGAUGGAGACGGCCAAUGCUCGGAUCCCUACAGCCAAGUACACCAAGAUGGGGGAAACCCUGAGGCAUGUCAUCCCUGGUCACAUGCAGUGCUCCAUGGCCUGUGGAGGAAAAGCCUGUAAAUAUGAGAACCCCUCUCGCUGGAGUGAUGAGGAGCAAGUCAUCAAGGGACUUUACUCGUCCUGGAUUACUGACAACUUGCUAGCUAUGGCAAGGCCUUCCACAGAAAUCAUAGAGAAAUAUAAUAUAAUUGAACAGUUUCAAAGGUGUGGAUUGAAGACCGUCAUCAACCUGCAGCGGCCCGGAGAACAUGCCAGCUGUGGAAACCCACUGGAGCAGGAGAGUGCUUUCACUUAUCGACCCGACACUUUCAUGAAGGCAGGCAUUUAUUACUACAACUUUGGCUGGAAGGAUUAUGGUGUGGCCUCUCUGACUACAAUCCUUGACAUGGUAAAAGUCAUGUCAUUUGCAGUCCAAGAGGGGAAAAUGGCUGUCCACUGCCAUGCAGGUCUUGGAAGAACAGGUGUGUUAUUAGCUUGUUACUUGGUUUUUACGUCACGGAUGAGCGCUGACCAGGCCAUACUGUUUGUGCGGGCCAAGAGACCUAACUCCAUUCAGACAAGAGGCCAGCUGUUGUGCGUCAGGGAGUUUGCCCAGUUCCUUGUUCCUCUCCGAAGCAUCUUCUCCUGCGCAGAACCCAAAGCCAGCGCUAUCACCUUGUCCCAGUACCUUAUACGGCAGCGUCAGCUGCUGCACGGCUACGAGGCUCGGCAGAUGAAGAAUGUGCCAAAGAUCAUCCAGCUGGUGUGUAGGCUCCUGGUGGACAUCGCAGCCAACAGACAGGUGGUGAUGGAGGCACAGAUCCCUGACCUUACAGCUGAGGUGGAGAAGACCGUGUCCCAGCAGGCCCUUCAGCAGCUCGGCAAAGAGAUGAGAGGGAAAGGGAUUCCUGUUCACCCCUGUUCCUCUCUUCCACUCAGCCCACCUGCUCUGCAUUCCAGACCUCCGCCUGAUAAUCCUCUGACCAGGGAUAAUGAGCUGCUCCAUUUGUGGAGGCAGCAGAGGGUAGAGAGCCCUUUGCAGGCAUCCCUGUCAAACUACAGGAGCCUCAGUUACAGCGAUUCGGUUCUUGACAAACUUGUACAACAUCAGCAGCAUUUAGGAACUGUUAAGAGCAACAAACCAAUCAACUGCCCGAUCAAACAUUCCUUGUCUCACAGCAACCUUACAGUCGGUGUCCCUCCAAGAUGUUAUGGCUUUUCUCCUCAGGACAUUAUCAGCAGCAUUCAGCGCUCCAAUAUGGAGGCAAAGCAAUACACUGGGUCUUCUUUGUUCAAAAAGCAACUGCAUAAGGGGCACCAGAGUUUGUCUCUAGAUCUGUCCAAGCAGGGAAGAAAAUCUCAGUGUACCGCCACACUGCCGGCAUUGUCAAACAGCAGUGAGGUGGAUGUGUCAGCAGGUGGAGCAGACAUCAGUCUCCAGUCUGAUCUCUCCCCAGAGGGCAGAUGCCUGCUGGUGGCCCAAGCUCUGGCCAUGGACCCAACAGACAAGGAUUUCACCUCCGAGGUCUCAGUAUGGCAGACGGAGCUGAACUCCAGAGAGGGAGCCUGGGAGAGGCUGUGUAUGGAGAGAGAUCCCUUUGUCCUCUCCGCUCUCAUGUGGUCGUGGCUGGAGCAGCUAAAGGAUCCAGUCAUCAGCCGUGAGGAUGUGAAAGCCCUGAGGAAGAACCAUGAGAACCCACAGAACGCCCUGGACUCACUGGAAAAGGGCCCCUGCCUCACCCUGCUGUGUGUCCUUCACUGUGCUGCUCAUCUCUUGCCUCUGCCUGAACCAACAGAGACUCGUCUUCUCAACCAAACCAUUAAAGUGUUUACUAAGAUUGACCCUGCCUCAGAGAAGGACAUGUUUUUAUACACAAAACUUAAAGGAAUCCUGAGUCCCAUUCUUCACGAGCUGUGUGACAAAGCUGCAGAGGAGAUUGAACACUCCUAAUCCAGCCUCAGCACCAUCACCUUUGUAUUUAAACACAGCUCUGCCAAUAUGUAGUCUUUCAAGGUAUUUGAAGACUAUAUGAUUUAAAGGUUUAGCAUUUCAUUGAUUUUGGAUACUCUCAUUCUCUAUGUUAAUGUGCCACUGUGCUUGGUUUUAAACUGUUUGUCUACUUUAAUAUCUGAAAGGCUAGAUGUUUCUUUGAUUGAGCAAGUGUUAGUUUGUAGGAAAAAGAGUGAGAAACAUUCUUAUGCUGUUAGUGUAAUGUUAUUUAUGUGUUCAACUCAGCUGUUUUAAUUCCUAUUUAAACCACAAUAUGUUUUAGACGCUUAAAUGCUACAAUGUGUCUUGCUCAUUAUAUAUUAUUAUAAGAUUAUUAAUUUGAAAUGUAAGUUUAACAAAUAUAACCUGAUGUUCAUGUAGAACGUAAACUGUGCCUGCUGUUAGGUUAAUGCAACUUCUUGUUCUACAGUGACUGCCUUUCAAUCAAAUGGUACAUCCUAAAACUGUGUGCACCCACAGCUGUAGCUACCGGUUCUGUUGUUGUCCAGCAUCAAUCUGCCUCCACAGUUGGUCUCUGCUUCAGCUUCAGCUCUCUAAUUCAGUUUUUUAUUUCAGCUCUCUGCUCCAGCUCUCUGCUUCAGCUCUCAGCUCUCUAAUAAAGCUUCACCUCUAAUGAAGCUUCAGCUCGCGAAUGAAUCUUCAGCUCUCUGCUUCAGCUCUCUAACGAAGCUUCAGCUCUCUUUCAGCUAUCUGCUACAGCUUCAGCUUGCUAAUGAAGCUUAAGCUGUCUAAUGAAGCUUCAGCUCUCUGCUCCAGCUUUCUACUUCAGCUCUCUGCUCUACUUCAGCUUCAGCUUCUGCUCUCUGCUUCAGCUCCAGCUCGCUAAUGAAGCUUCUGCUCUCUAAUGAAGCUUCAGCUCUCUAAUGAAGCUCUCUAUAAUGAAGCGUCAGCUCUCUGCUUCAGCUUCAGCUCUCUAAUGAAGCUUUAGCUUUCUGCUUCUGCUUCAGCUCUCUAAUGAAGCUUCGGCUCUCUGGCUCAUGCUGCUGUAAGGAGCUGUUAAAACCAGUCACCUUGAAUGGCAACAGAAUAAUAAAGAUCAUUUUAAUAAUAAUAUAGGACAUGAGACGUUUUACUGUGUGGAAUUUUCGACUGACAAUAUUUUUUUAUUGUUCCAACUUGUUACAGAAUUAAACAGAACUUACUGCAA